UCUACCUCUGAAACACUUUUUUUUUAAUGUUCAUCUUCAUCUUCAUCAUCAUCAUCUGCGUGUAAAACACAUUCACGCCAUCGUUGGUUGACGUCUCAGAUCUUUCAAAUAAAAGCUUAUCUCUCUCACGGUAACCCUAACUAUCGAAUCUAUUCUUCAUCUGUUGAUCUGUUUGGUACCUUCAGUUUCUUCUGCUACACAUUCUCCUGAACCUUUUCCCUUAAACCGUCGUUUCUAGAUCCUUGUACGAAACAACGAUUUCGUGAUCUCCAUUCUCAUAGAUCACUUGUGGGUUUGGAUAUUUGUUAGGGAUUUUGUGUGAUAUUUUUAGAAAUUUAUGCUGUUUCGAUUUGGUGUGAAGAACCAUGGAUUUUCCAGAGAAUCUGCCUUCGGAUAUUGGAAGAUUAGAGCAGAUUGUUUCUCAUUUCUUCCCAAAGGCAUUACACAUCGUUCUCAAUUCUAGAAUCCCUUCGUUGCAAACUCGUGGUCGUACUCGUGAGCGUUUAUCAGGUCUUAAUGUUAGGAAAAGUGAUAAGUGGUUCAAUCUAGUUAUGGGGGAUCGUCCUGCUGCGUUAGAGAAGUUGCAUUCUUGGCAUAGGAAUAUCUUGGAUUCUAUGAUUAUUGAUAUUAUACUUGUUCAUCCGAUUUCGAGUGAUAAUUUGCAUGACGAUGAUCAUCAUGGUGAUUCCGUUGUUAGAUCAGCUGAGACUGUGAUUGAGAGGUGGGUUGUUCAGUAUGAGAAUCCAUUGAUUAUGUCUCCUCAGAGUUCUGAGUCUGCUACUCGUUAUCAGAAGGUUUACAAGAAAUCUAUCAUUAUGUUGCGGUCCCUUUAUGCGCAGACUCGGCUUCUCCCUGCGUAUCGUAUCUCUAGGCAGCUGAGUUCGUCUCUUGCCUCUUCUGGUUAUGAUCUGAUUUACAAGGUUUCAUCUUUCAGCGAUAUAUUAUCUGGUCCAGUGACGGAAACAAUGAAAGAGUUUCGUUUUGCACCUGUUGAAGUGCCUCCUGGUCGGCUUUGUGCCUCAGUUACUUACCGUUCUGACUUAUCUGAUUUCAAUCUUGGUGCUCACAUCACAUUGCCUCCAAGAAUUAUAACCGAUUAUGUAGGAAGUCCUGCAACUGAUCCUAUGAGGUUUUUCCCGUCUCCAGGGAAAAGUAUUGAAGGCACAUCUUUUAUUGGUAGAGCUGGUCGUCCUCCAUUGACUGGUUCAUCUGCUGAACGUCCACAUAGCUGGACCAGCGGCUUUCAUAGACCUCCAGCUCAAUAUGCAACACCAAACCAAUCUUUUUCGCCUGCUCAUUCACAUCAAUUUUCACCCGGGUUACAUGAUUUCCACUGGUCACGUACAGAUUCUUUUGGUGACAAUCACCAGCUUUCACCUCCUUUUUCGCCAUCAGGGUCUCCCUCUACUCCAAGAUACAUUUCAGGGAGUAACAGUCCACGGAUAAAUGUGAGACCAGGGACUGCUCCAGUGACCAUUCCUUCUUCAGCCACAUUCAAUAGAUACGUCUCAUCUAACUUCUCUGAGCCAAGUAGGAAUCCACUUCCUCCCUUUUCCCCCAAAAGCACAAGACGCUCCCCUUCAUCGCAGGAUUCUUUGCCUGGGAUUGCGUUGUACAGGAGUUCGAGAAGUGGAGAGUCUCCUUCUGGGUUAAUGAACCAGUACCCUGCCCAGAAGCUGUCAAAGGACAGCAAAUACGAUUCAGGCCGCUUCUCAGGACUUCUGUCGUCAAGUGGCUCACCAAGAUUCGGGUUUUCUAGGAGCCCCAGUCGAUUAUCGUCCCAAGACGACUUGGAUGACCCUGAUUGUUCAUGCCCUUUUGAUUUCGAUGAUGUUGACGAGUCAGGACUUCAGUACAGCCAAAGUCUUGACCGGCGGAAAGCUUCAAGCUCUAUAUCACAGUCACUACCUAUAGGGAGAAAGUCAUCACAGGAUGCAGCGGUUGGUGUUCUGGUUCACAUGCUGAAGACAGCACCGCCAUUACGACAAGACUCAAGCACUUACAUGGCGUCAAUGUCUGGGGUUCAGAGAGAAGGUUCAGUGUCAGUGUCAGUAUCAGGUACUGAAUCUGAAUAUUCCAUUGGUCGAAGCACAUCAGAUGCACUAGAGGAGCUGAGAAACUACAAGCAACUCAAAGACUUGCUUCUUUCAAAAUCCAAGAGUGGAUCUGGAGCAACUCGUGUCCACUGAGCCAAACCAAGUAACGAUCAAAAUAUAUUGGAUGUAUGUUUGUAAAUAUGGAUUUGACGAAUACUUAACUCUGUUGUAUAAAUGCCAAAGAGCAAUCACGUUUUAAUUUCUGUAAGAGCACUUGCCUUUGAACUUGCCUUUGAAUAUGCAAAUCAAAAUAAAGCUUGAAUCUUUUCAUUGUAA